AAACUAGGAUAUUAUAUUUUUAUUAGUAGUAACAAUUAUUAAGAUUGAGAGUCAGGAUAAGAAAGGCUACUGGAAAUAAUAGGUGAAAAUAUCGAACUCAGAAUAUGAGAAAUAGAAUGUAAAUAAUUGUGUAACAAAUGUCUAGAAUACUGAAGUUUGUUUUGUUUCAUUUUACUUAACUUUUAAAACUUACAUCUUUUGUUUAAUUUUUAUUUUUUGGAUAAAAACUUGGUUAAUUUUGCCUGAUUACUUUAAACAUUGGAAGCAAAAUACAAGAUUUAUAUUUCAUGCUACAGGACAGCUUCCAUCAUCCAUCUAGAGAGAGAGAGAUAGAGUGAGAGAGAAAGAGAGAGAGAGAGAAGCGCGGCGGUGAUAAGUCUCCCAGAGCGAGAGAAAUCUGGGAGGGGCGAAGAAGGGUAGGCCUCUUCUGUUCCAUUGAUACCACGUUCAUUCACAGGAGCCGGCUGAAACAGACUACUCCCCUGUGCAGUCGUUCCCUCUACCCUAAUAAGGCUUUGGCGCCUCUCCCAGAACUCGGUCCAGGGAAUGCUCUCUGCCUGGUCCAGCCCCGACAGACGCGGUCCGAGAAGAGCGGAGCGCGGAAACCGCGGAGCAUGAGUCCUCCGAGGCUGCGAGCGUCGCUGUCGCCGUCGCUGCUGCUGCUGCUGCUGCUGAGUGGUUGCCUCCUCGCGGCUGCUCGGAGGGAAAAGGGAGCUGCUAGCAACGUGGUGGAGCCGGUCCCCGGGCCCACAGGCGGCUCCUCGGGUCGCUUCCUCAGCCCCGAGCAGCACGCGUGCAGCUGGCAGCUCCUGCUUCCCGCCCCGGGGGCCGCAGCGGGCAGCGAGCUGGCGUUGCGCUGCCAGAGCCCGGACGGAGCACGCCACCAGUGCGCCUACCGCGGGGAGCCGCAGCGCUGCGUAGCCUACGCCGCUCGCCGCGCGCACUUUUGGAAGCAGGUGCUGGGCGGGCUGCGCAAGAAGCGGAGGCCCUGUCACGACCCCACGCCGCUCCAGGCCCGCUUGUGCGCGGGCAAGAAGGGCCACGGUGCCGAGCUGCGACUAGUGCCCCGCACGUCCCCGCCCGCACGCCCCUCCGCCGCGGGAUUCGCGGGGGAGUCCAAGCCCAGGGCCCGCAGCCGGGGACGGCCCCGGGAGCGUGCGCCCGGCCCAGCCGCUGGGACCCCGCCACCCCAAAGCGCACCGCCGAAAGAAAACCCCUCUGAGAGGAAGACCAACGCGGGCAAGAGGAAGGCGGCCUUGGUCCCCAACGAGGAGCGACCCAUGGGGACCGGGCCCGACCCCGACGGGCUAGAUGGGAACGCGGAGCUCACGGAGACCUACUGCGCUGAGAAGUGGCACUCCCUCUGCAACUUCUUUGUCAAUUUCUGGAACGGCUGAGACUGCCUGCCAGCUUAGGGAGGGAUGAGGGGGGAGGCAUGGGGAAGGGAAAGCUAAGGGCGUCUUAGACCGGGGGCUACCAUGAUAGAGAAUGGGGAGAAUCCAGGUUCCCGAAUGGGGCGGGGGCAAGGGUAAGGGUGGGGUGCUUGGGAUGAGAGUGUAAGGGGUAUGGAGAAUCUCUGGGAUAGCAGAGACGUUAACAAUUUUAAAGAGUCUCAGUCCUGAUUAAGAGCAGGAAAAAUAAUGGAAACAGAAAUAGGAGUACCUUAAAUGUGCAAAAACUGGAGACUGGGGAGAGAAAUCGAUGUCGAGAGAGGCUGAGAAUAAGGGGGAGAUAGAGUGACUAAGGUGAUGGGAGUCCCAUGUGGGGAGGGGGAUGCAAUGCUUAUUGUUUAACAUUUCUAUUAAAUGAAGCCAUGAGCAAUUGCCAACCUGAGCCAGGUUGAAUCAUGUCUUCUCACCUAAUCAGCUAACAAGACUGCAGACUUCUUUCCCCUUUCUGAAUUGGUAUAAACUUGGAUGCGGCGUAGUGGGUGUCAUAGAUAACCUUUAUAGGAACAGAAGCCUCACAGGUCAAAACUGGCUCCAAGGAAAGGUUUGCAGAAUGAUUUCCUUUCCAUUCUUUUAGAAGAUCUACCUUUUUUUUUUUUUCUAAGACAGGGUCUGGCUUGCCCAGGCUGGAGUGCAGUGGCUAUUCACAGAUGCAAUAAUAGGCACUGCAGUCUCCAACUCGUGACCUCAAGGGAUCCUCACAUCUUAGCCUCCAGGAUAGCUAGGAGUAGCUGGGACUACAAGCAUGCACCGCUGCACUUGGCUUAUACGUGCUACUUUACUUUUAUUUUUGAGACAGGGUCUUGUGUCAUCCAGGCUGGAGUGCAGUGGUGCAAUUAUGGCUCACUGCAGCCUCGACAUUCCAGUCUCAAAUGAUCCUCCUGCCUCAGCCUCCGGAGUAGCUCGGACUACAGGGGUGUGCCACUAGAAGUGCUACUUUUUAACAAAAUGGUGACUAAUGUUCUGGAACUUUCCCAUUAACCUUCUGCAUUUAGAAGUGAAUUAUAGAUGUUGAGUGUUCCAGUAAAAAGUGAUUCUCUUUAUAUUUGAUGAUAUUUUUUAAAAUAGCUAAAAUGUAAGUAUGUAUCUCAGAGUCAUUUUGACCAUUAUGGAAGUUGUAUCUCUCUGUUUCAUGUAACUAAUUAUUAAUGUAUUUCAUUUGUGUGUGUGAUGUGAUAGACUGUGUAUGUUAGGUGCUCAAUAAAAACUGUAUGGUUAGAUUUAAAGAACUGACAAGGCAAUGGAAAUUCUACCUGCAUUUGAUCUACUUCCAAGUACACCUUGAAUUAAGUUCUUAAACACAUCUUGAAUUGCUGGGAAAAGACAGAAACUAAGAAGUUGACAUAAAGCAAGAGUCACAAACUGGCAGCCACCUGGCCCUAUCAUUGUUCUAUUUGAUUUGCACCCUGGUUCUCUUUCUUUUUCCCUUCCUCCCCACUUUCCUCCCAUCCAUUGUUGAAUCUGUGGAUAAAGAGCCCAUGGAUAUGGAGGGGCAGCUAUAUAUAUAAAUAUAUAUGUGUGUGUGUAUAUAUAUAUAUGAAAAAACAUAUAUGUUUUUCCAUUAUAUGUGUGUGUGUGUGUGUGUGUGUGUUGCAAUCACUCAUUUGGGAGCUUGAAGUUAAAUCCUCUUGGUCAUUCCCUUCUUAACAAGGUGAGAUCAUUUUAUUCUGAAUAUUUUGGUCCUCCAUUUGAAGCAAACCAUUGCAUACUAUAUUAAAACAACAACUUCAUAGUCCUUGCACCCUAAACACCUAUGAUCUCAAGAACACAAAAUUUGUUCAAAAUAAAUCAAAGUUAAAUUCAAA